AUGGCAAUCAGGGUUCCUCGAGUUCUGCAAUCAUCAAAGCAGAUUCUCCGUCAAGCGAAACUCUUCUCAUCCUCUUCCUCUCUUGACGUCCCAAAGGGCUACUUAGCGGUCUACGUAGGAGAAAGAACGAUGAAGAGAUUUGUAGUUCCGGUUUCUUACUUGAACCAGCCUUCAUUUCAAGACUUACUAAAAAAGGCAGAGGAAGAAUUUGGAUUUGACCAUCCAAUGGGUGGCCUCACAAUCCCUUGCAGUGAAGAAAUCUUCAUCGAUCUUGCUUCUCGCCUCAACUGA